AUGGGGUCCAUGACAGAUCUUGUCUCGUGGUAUCGGAUGAAGUUCAUGUUGCUGGUUGCCGUGGUGGGGCUGACAGUGGGUCAACGUCCCAAUCGGAGACCCAUUUUCAACAGGUUCACGUCUGCAGGUGGUACAAGGAGCCAGGGCUCUAGCGUCCAGGUUGACGACACGCGCGGUGGCAGCGAAUACUACUUCUCGUGGAGACACGAUGGUAAGAGGAAGUACACCGGUGAUGCUGCUGCCAGAGUGUGUACCAGUCUGGGCAGAGGAUGGUACCCCGUGGGUAUCAGCUCACAAGACGAAAUCAUCUACAUUAGUGGCAUUGUUGGUAGAGACCGACUGGAGUACAUCUGGACUGGUGGUCGGAGGUCUGGCAGCGGUUUUAUAUGGCUGAACGGCGAGCCUUUCACUGUUACUGACUGGUCACACACCGGAGGAUUCCGUAGACCUCAGCCAGACAACCGUGAGGGUGGUAGAGAGAACUGCCUGGCCGUCCUCAACAACGUUUACAAUGAUGGCAUUAAGUGGCACGACGUGGCCUGCCACCACCCGAAGCCCGUCAUCUGUGAACGUAGAAUUUAAGUGCCUCUCAGCCACGUUCACUACAUCACUUACUUCGUUUCCUUUCCGUGCCUCACUUCCCCUGUCUCAUUUGCCCUCAUUCUCUCAUUUCUCUCAUUUCUCUCGUGUACACACGUAUAAACUCACAUGCGUUCACAGACGUUCACACCCACACACACGCACACACGUAUAUGCAUACAUACAUACACACAUGCACACACAUAUAUGCAUACAUAAACAAACACAUGCACACUGCUUCUCUCUCUCUCUCUCUCUACUUCUUGUUCUUACACCUUCAUCAUUUGUAUAAUGAAUAUCAGAAGUGACUUGUUCAUCUCUACCUCUCUCUUCAUUGCUCAACUCAACCUUUAGUCUAAUCCACUAAUGAUAAGAGUAAAAAAUAAGUAUUUGUAUUCUUUGAUAACUUAAAAGAUUCAAUUUCUUGUA